AUGACUUCUUGUCAAGUUGCUGAAGAUCCCAUAAAAAAGGUUGCUAUAUUUGGAGGAACUCAUGGGAAUGAGCUCACAGGAGUAUUUCUAGUUAAGCACUGGCUGGAGAACAACACUGAGAUUCAGAGAACAGGGCUGGAGGUAAAACCAUUUAUAACCAACCCAAGAGCAGUGGAGAAGUGCACCAGAUAUAUUGACUGUGACCUGAAUCGAGUUUUUGACCCUGAAAAUCUUGGCAAAAGAAUGUCAGAGGAUUUGCCAUAUGAAGUAAGAAGGGCUCAAGAAAUAAGUCGUUUGUUUGGUCCAAAAGAUAGUGAAGAUUCCUAUGACAUUAUUUUUGACCUUCACAACACUACUUCUAACAUGGGGUGCACUCUUAUUCUUGAAGAUUCCAGGAAUGACUUUUUAAUUCAGAUGUUUCACUAUAUUAAGACGUCUCUGGCUCCAUUACCCUGCUAUGUUUAUCUUAUUGAGCAUCCUUCCCUCAAAUAUGCAACCACACGUUCUAUAGCCAAGUAUCCUGUUGGUAUAGAAGUUGGUCCCCAGCCUCAAGGAGUUCUGCGAGCUGAUAUUCUGGAUCAAAUGAGAAAAAUGAUUAAACAUGCUCUUGAUUUUAUACAUAAUUUCAAUGAAGGAAAAGAAUUUCCUCCCUGUGCUAUUGAAGUCUAUAAAAUAAUGGAGAAAGUUGAUUAUCCCCGGAAUGAAAGUGGAGAAAUUGCUGCUAUUAUCCACCCUAAACUUCAGGAUCAAGACUGGAAACCAUUGCACCCUGGGGAUCCUGUGUUUUUAACUCUUGAUGGGAAGACUAUUCCAUUGGGUGGAGACUGUACUGUGUACCCGGUGUUUGUAAACGAGGCGGCAUAUUAUGAAAAGAAAGAAGCUUUCGCAAAGACAACUAAACUAACACUCAAUGCAAAAGGUAUUCACUCCUCUUUGCAUUAG